UGUGCUCCACAAUCAACACAUUCUCAGAAAUUAGCCACUUUCUCCUUUAUGGGUCCAUUCUUCCAUUAAAGUCCUCCUUAGGAUCUCAAAAGCAGUGCUCACAAAAAUCUGUUUCCUCCCUGGUUUUUCUGAUUCAAAGACCAUAGGAAGAUGAUGAUGAUGCAAAGAUUGAGGCUCAGGCUUCUUCCAAUAUUAGCGCUUCUAAUAUUCCUCCAUGCAUGUGUGGAUGGAGAAGUGCAAAACCAGAAGAAGACUUAUAUCAUUCACAUGGACAAAUCCAACAUGCCAGCUGGCUUUUAUGAUCAUCUCCAGUGGUAUGACUCAUCCUUAAAGUCAGUAUCAGAUACUGACAUGCUUUACUCCUACAGCCAUGUUAUUCAUGGCUACUCAGCACGGCUAACUGCUGAUGAAGCCAAAGCACUUGAAAAGCAGACAGGAAUUCUUUCUGUCCAGGAGGAAGUUAAGUAUGAGCUUCAUACUACACGGACACCAAAAUUUCUUGGGCUCGAUGGGAGUGACAGUAAAGCAUUCUUUCUCCAGAAUAACAUAAAAAGUGAUGUCAUUAUUGGUGUUCUGGACACUGGUGUUUGGCCUGAAUCAAAAAGUUUUGAUGACACCGGACUUGGUCCAGUUCCCAGAAGCUGGAAGGGUGGGUGUGAGGUAGGCAAUAACUUCAACUCAUCAAACUGUAACCGAAAACUUAUUGGAGCAAGGUUUUUCUUGAGUGGGUAUGAAGGAGCAAACGGACCAAUUGAUGAGGCCGUUGAAUCCAGGUCACCAAGGGACGAUGACGGCCAUGGUACACAUACAGCAUCUACAGCAGCUGGAUCAACUAUUACUGGAGCAAGCUUCUUCGGUUUUGGUGCUGGCACAGCACGUGGAAUGGCACCCCAAGCAAGAGUUGCCGCAUACAAAGUGUGCUGGGAGGGAGGGUGUUUUAGUAGUGACAUACUAGCUGCUAUGGAGAAGGCCAUAGAAGAUGGUGUGAAUAUAAUAUCGAUGUCACUUGGUGGUGCCGUUGCUGAGUACUACAGCGACCCGAUAGCAAUUGGAGCAUUUGCAGCAACAAGUCGAGGAAUCUUUGUCUCUUGCUCAGCCGGAAAUAGCGGGCCAUUUCCAGAGAGCCUCUCCAACCCUGCACCAUGGAUAGCAACCAUAGGUGCAGGAACAAUUGACCGUAAAUUCCCAGGAUAUAUCAGCAUAGGGAAUGGGAAGAAAUUUGAUGGUGUAUCACUUUACAGUGGAAAACCCUUAUCCAGUUCCCCAAUACCUCUAGUGUAUGCAGGUAAUGCCAGUACAUCAGAUGGCAGAUUAUGCACACCUGGCAGUCUGAUUCCUGCAAAAGUAGCUGGAAAAAUUGUGGUAUGUGACAGAGGUGAGAACAGAAGAGCAGAAAAGGGUUUAGUUGUAAGAGAAGCUGGUGGCAUAGGGAUGAUUAUAGCAAACACUGACCUUAACGAAGAUGACCAGAUUGCUGAUGCCCAUCUUAUCCCCACAGCAGCUGUUGGUCAGACUGCAGGUGAUAUGAUAAAGGAGUACAUAUCUUCCACCCGCAAUCCAACAGCCACAAUUGCAUUUGGAGAAACCAAGUUGGGAGUCCAACCCUCACCUGUUGUAGCAGCAUUCAGCUCCAGAGGGCCAAACUCAAUCACACCAGAAAUACUCAAACCUGAUUUUAUAGCACCCGGUGUUAACAUCCUCGCUAGUUGGACAAGGAGAGUUGGACCAACUGGGUUGGCAGAAGACAAGAGGCAUGUUGACUUCAAUAUUAUUUCUGGGACUUCUAUGUCAUGCCCACAUGUAAGUGGGUUGGCAGCACUACUCAAAACAGCCCAUCCAGAAUGGAGCCCUGCAGCUAUAAAAUCAGCACUUCUGACAACGGCCUAUAGCACAUAUAAGAACGGGCAAACCAUUGAAGAUGCAGCAACUAGUAUGCCAUCAACACCAUUUGAUCAUGGUGCUGGACACGUGAACCCGGUAUCAGCACUUGAUCCAGGUCUUGUUUAUGAUGCAACAGUUGAUGAUUACACAAACUUCCUCUGUGCCAUAGGCUACAGUGCAAGUAUGAUCAAGACUGUCACAAAAAGAGACAUAUCUUGUGGUACAAAUAAGGAAUACAGAGUGGCUGAUUUUAAUUACCCAUCUUUUGCUGUUCCUCUGGAGACAGCUUGGGGCAAAGCUGGAGAUAAUGAAGAAACAACAGUGAUCAAGUACACAAGGACUCUCACAAAUGUGGGCAACCCAGCUACAUACAAGGCCUCAGUCUCUUUUCAGACCAAGUCUAUGAAGAUCAUAGUUGAGCCCCAAACUUUAAGUUUUAGUAGAUUAAAUGAGAAGAAGAGCUACACAGUGACAUUUAUUGCUAGUUCAAUGCCAUCAGGCACAACUAGCUUUGCUCAUCUGGAAUGGUCAGAUGGAAAACAUAAUGUCCGUAGCCCGAUUGCUUUCAGCUGGACAUGAUUCUCCUGAAUCUAUAUGACUAUAUCCUUCAUGGGAGUUAUCCAAGUGCACAUACUUAAUGAAUAAGAAUAAUAAUGUAAUAGUUAUCUGUUUAGUUAUCUAAUCUGCCUACAUUGCAACCAGACCUGACUAUAUUAUCAAGAAACUUUUGUAUAAAAAGUAUGUGUUGAUUGUAUGGUAGGUGGCAACAACUUAAUAGAACUUAAUAGUUUCUCUGUUUUUACUUA